UUUAGUUCAGUUCUAAACGAAAACCUGAGGCGCAAAGUUGUCUUCUCGGUAAUAAAGUUGUAAAUAAAAUAUAUAUCGAAAAAAGUACUUUUAUUGUUGUUUCUAAAUACAAGAAAAAGUACCUUACAACGUUUGAUGAUUGCAAAUUAUUUAGAAAACGUUUAAUAAACUUAAGUUUAGUGUGAACAAAAGACAAUUAACAAGUGCUAAAGGGUUUCUUUAGAAAUCUAGACUUUCUGGUCUAGUUUUUUUGUGGUUUACAUUAACUCUGCCAUUUUUGAAAAAUAAUUAAGAAUCUUAAAUAAAUAAACAAAAAAAUACUUAAACCCAAAAAUGACGCGGCCGAAAAAAGAGGAUAGUAAAUUAAAAGCCUUCAUGCAGGAGAACCUCUUGACCAUGCUCACGGUCAUUGGUGUCUUUCUGGGCGGUCUUAUUGGCUUUAUCAUUAAAAGCAGUACUGGCGAAUGGACAAAACGUGAAAUUAUGUAUAUAUCAUUUCCUGGUGAAAUAUUUUUGCGCAUGUUAAAAUGUCUUAUUGUGCCCUUGCUGGUCUCAUCAAUCACCAGUGCCAUAGGUGGUCUGGACUUGAGUAUGUCCAGUAAAAUUGCCACCAGAGCUAUAGCUUACUACUUUAUCACCACAAUCUCAGCUGUAGUAUUGGGUAUAUGUUUAGUAACUACCAUUAGACCCGGUCAGGGUGCUAAAAUUGUGGAAACACGUAUGGAAUCUGUAGAUAAGGCCUCUAAAGUGCUAACACCCGAUACUCUUAUGGAUUUAGUAAGAAACAUGUUCACCGACAACAUCAUACAAUCCACUAUGUUCCAGCAUCGCACAGAAAUUUUCGAAAAUACCAGUAUUGUGCCAUCCUUGCCCAUGGAACAAUGGGGUUUCAAACCUACACAACGUGAGGGUUCUAAUGUCUUGGGUUUGGUUAUGUUCAGCGUUAUUUUGGGCACCACCAUUGGCAGAAUGCGUGAGAAGGGACAAUUGUUGCAGGAUUUCUUUACCACUUUGAGUGAGGCCAUGAUGACUAUUACAUCCUGGGUCAUUUGGAUUUCCCCUCUCGGUGUGGCCUUCUUAAUUGCAGCCAAAAUUAUCGAAAUGGAAUCGAUCGCCGAUACCAUACAGUCACUGGGUUGGUACUUUGUUACCGUAAUGCUGGGUCUUUUCCUGCAUGGUUUUGGUACCAUUGCUGUUAUAUUCUUCUUGGGUACUCGUCGUCUACCCUACCCCUUCAUUGCCAAACUCAGUCAGGUCUUGGCCACAGCUUUCGGCACUGGUUCCAGUUCUGCCACUAUGCCUUUAACCAUUAAGUGCUUGGAUGGCAUGGGCAUAGAUCCACGUGUAACACGUUUCGUUAUCCCCGUAGGCGCAACCAUUAAUAUGGACGGUACUGCUUUAUAUGAAGCUGUGGCUGCUCUCUUCAUUGCUCAAUACAGAGAAAUGAGCUAUUCAUUUGGCACCAUAGUGGCGGUUAGUAUUACAGCCACAGCAGCUUCUAUAGGUGCUGCUGGUAUACCACAAGCUGGUCUUGUAACAAUGGUCAUGGUAUUGGAUACAGUGGGUUUGGAACCCAAAGAUGUAUCACUGAUUAUAGCUGUUGAUUGGCUGCUAGAUCGUUUCCGUACCACCAUUAAUGUUAUGUGUGAUGCUUUGGGCACAAUUUUAGUGAAUCAUUUGUCCAAAAAGGAUUUGCAAAAUGUAGACAGACUAAAUGCUGAACCCCAUGAACUGCUGGAAUUAGGAGCCAAUGGCCAUGACAAGGAAUAAAAUAGCUGCAAGCCCACCUCGGUAUAGACAGCAUAGU